AUGGCUCCUGCUCAUAGCUACGGCUCGUCCGGCGGGCCAAUUUCAUUCCUGCGAAGGCAAUGGAGGACAACUCAUGCGCCCGACUAUGUUGGCUUCGUCAUCCUCUUGACGGGAUGGAUCUUGAUUGUCCUCUUUGUCAAUCCGUUUCAUCGCAUGUUCUACAUUAAUGACCUGCGCAUCUCAUACCCCUUUGCUGUCAAGGAGCGUGUCCCCGUCUUUAUGAACUUUGUAUACGCCUUGUUCAUCCCUCUUGGGGUCCUCAUCGCCUACAACCUCUUCGCCAGGUCAUCAGCUGCCAAGCACGAAGUCACCUAUCUUUCGUUCCUCAUCUCCAUCGUCCUCACCUCCUUCAUCACUGACAUUAUCAAGAACGCCGUGGGCCGGCCCCGUCCGGAUUUGCUGGAUCGCUGCAAACCUGCUGCUACUACAAAGGCCAACACUCUUGUUACCAUCGAAGUCUGCACGGCACAUGAUGGUCACAUUCUCCAGGAAGGCUGGCGAUCUUUCCCCUCGGGUCACUCAUCCUUCUCUUUUGCUGGUCUGGGAUUUCUUAGCCUUUUCCUCGCCGGCCAACUUCACGUCUUCCGUUACUCAGCUGGAGGCCGCGAUCUUAGCCGCGCCCUGAUUUGCCUUCUGCCGCUCAUUGGAGCUGCUCUCGUCGCCAUAUCCCGAUGCGAGGACUACCGUCACGACGUUUACGAUGUCUGCGUGGGCUCAGCUCUUGGCAUGAGCAUCGCAUACUGGAGUUACCGACGACACUGGCCCCGGCUCUCUAGCCAACGAUGCGAUGAACCUUAUCCGCCGCCGGGCGUUGAUACCCAACCUGGCUGGCAACGAGUCACUGACGAUGAGGAGGCAGCCAGGGUUGGGACAGAUGUAGGAUAUGAGAUGGAUGAUUUGAGAAAUGCGCGACGCUGA